AUGAACAGGGUCGAGGGGGCAUACAUGCUCUCCCACACCUGGAGCAGCAUCCUGGAGAGGCGGCAGACGGACAGCAGGUGGCGUGACCGUCCUAUUCACGGACUUUGUGGGCGCAUUCCCGGGAAGUCCGGUAGUGCUGAAGGCUGUCCCCGUGGUGUUCCCCAGAUUGAGGUGACAUUUGAUAUUGAUGCCAAUAGUAUCAUGAAUGUCUCUGCUGUAGACAAGAGCACUGGCAAGGAGAACAAGAUCACCAUCACCAAUGACAAGGGUCGUCUCAGCAAGGAGGACAUUGAACGCAUGGUCCAGGAAGCUGAGAAGUACAAGGCUGAAGACGAUGUCCAGCGUGACAAGGUGUCUGCUAAGAACGGCCUGGAGUCGUACGCUUUCAACAUGAAGUCGACUGUGGAGGAUGAAAAACUUGCUGGCAAGAUAAGUGUAGACGACAAGCAGAAGAGCCAGUCUACAAGAGGCCUCAAGCGGACUAUCUGCAGACUUCCAGAGAGCGACGGCUCCAUGUUAGGCGACGGCUCCAGUAUCCCCAUACCAGAUGAGGUGCUCAGAGUCCACAUACGCCAUUUCAUCAAGGUCUUCUUCCGUUAG